CAUCUUUGUAGUACUCAUCUUGUUCCCUCCUACCUAUAGUUUCUUUGUUAUUUCGUUGAGUCAUAAAAUCAAAUUGUUAUAUAAGAAAGUUUAUUCCCAAGCUUCUCACAAAUAUUUUUACUAAAAAGAACAAACAAGACUCUGAUUGAAGGACCAGCAUCAUCAUCAUGGCACUCCCAACCACCAUAAUCGGCCCUCAAUACUGUGCUCCGUAUCCGCUUGAUCUCGCCGUCGUGAAAAAGGUUUUGACAAUUUCAGACGGAAACUUCGCCGUUACUGAUGUCAACGGCAACAUCGUCUUCAAAGUUAAAGGCUCUCUCUUAACCCUCCGUGACCGCCGUGUCUUGCUUGAUGCUGCAGGUUACCCCAUCAUCACCUUACGUCGCAAGAUAGUGACUAUGCAUGAUAGCUGGGAAGCUUAUAGGGGUGAAAGCACAAAUGCAAAAAAUCUUAUAUUUACAUUGAAGAGAUCAUCUCUAAUCCAGUUUAAGACCAAACUAGAUGUGUUUUUAGCUAGUAACACAAAAAAACAUGUUUGUGAUUAUAAAAUCAAAGGUAGUUGGUUGAAACGAUCUUGCAAAGUUUAUGCUGGUGAAUCUAACAACAUUGUUGCCAAGAUGCACAAAAAGCACACUGUUAAGAGUAUUUUGAUUGGUAAAGACCAUUUCAUGGUUACAGUUUAUCCUAAUGUUGAUUACGCUUUCAUAGUAGCGUUAAUCGUGAUUCUUGACGAGAUUAACGCUGAUGAAGAGAAGGUUUGAUUAGUAGAUUAAUGUUUCAUAUUCAUCAAAUACUUCUAUUUCAAGGAAAAAUACUAGUGUACUUUAAAAUUGCUGUAUGAAUAUAUUCAAUAAAAAUUGCUGUAUUGAUCAAAAUGUAUACAACAGUCGACAAUUAUCUCGCUUCGAGCCAAUCAGAUAGUGCACUCUUCAUUGAUAGCCUCUUCUUGUAAAUCAUUCUCCCAUUGUACCAAUAUCUACUAAUAUGAGAUGUUCCUUUUAUGAUCUUACGAGUUGCAAGGACUUUGCAACAGAUGCAUCACUGGUCUCAUUUCAAUAAAUGUAAAUGGUAGAGGUCGGUAUGCUGCAGAAGCAUUAUCCCUAUCAGAUACAAUAGAUCUUGGGAUACCAUGUAGUUUCACUAUGUUGCUCAUGAAGGAUUCAACAACUGACUUGCUACUAUAAUCAGCUUUCGGAGGUAAGAAAUGAGCAUACUUAGCGAGUUUAUCCACCACUACCAUGAUGACACAAAAUCCUUUAACAAGAGGCAAACAUGUUAUGAAGUCCAUGGCUACAUCUUUCCAUACUUGGUGAGGUAUAAGUAAGGGUUGCAGUAAUCCUGAGGGUAAUGUGUUACUGACUUUUGCUUGUUGACAGACCACACAUUUCUGGACGAAAUUCUUGAGAGUGUCUUGCAUCUUUGGCCAAUAGAACUAAGCCCUCAACCUUGCCAUAGUUCUAGUGAUCCUAGUAUGACCACAAUCACGGCGUGAAAAAUACCACGAGUGCAUCGUACACUCGAGAUACAACAGAGUUGUCACCGAUUUUUAUUUAUUUCAAGAGGAAAGGGAAAAUAUCGAUAAAACUCACGAAAGAUAGGAUAAGAUGGUCAUCGCAACCAAGAGCGGGUUCAGGAGUUGGUUAUGUAAGGGGAAUGUAUUAGCACCCCUCACAUCCAUCAUACUCGAUGGUACCAAUCUAGCCGGUUUGUAAAAGAAUGUUAGUUUAAAAGUCCAUUUAUUAAAGAAAAGGAAAAUCUCGUUGGUUUUUUUAUUAUUGUGCUCGCCAAGACAUCACAUCUCGGCGAUGGGAAAGUCAGAGCAUUCGUAGUUCGGGGUAAAAAGAACCACAAAAAUUUGUUGAUCGAUUUUAGCGAGAGAUGCUCGAUCGCUUUCAAGCAGAAACAAUGCUACUUGACACAUGGAUAAGAGAAUGUUUGCAUCACUACAAGAAUGAGUGACUUGAUCAUGGAUUUAUAUUGAUUUUGACCAUCAUCUCAUUCGAGUGAAAAACACUGAUCUUCACAUGUGGAAGUAUGUUUUGAUCGUCGUGAAAUAGACUAAGUCUCUCAUUUGUGAAAAAGUUAUAAAUUGAAA